AUGAAAAUCCGCCUGUCCCUCCGCUUGUCAUUUAAUCGUACGUUGUCGUCCCCCCCUUUUGUUCAGGACGCUCGUCCUUAUUUAUGGACGCUCGUCCUUAUUGAGGACGUUCGUCCGCGCCCUGCUCGCCCUGGGCGCUCGUCCUCACUCCUUGUCGCCUCGCUCGUUCGUCCUCCUCUCGCUGAGGGCGUUCGUCCUCGCUCCUUACGUUCGUCCUCCCCCCUGUUCCUCCUAUAUCUUCUUCUCUCAUACACUCGCCAGGCCCUAACAGAUACUGUUCAUGGUCAGUUCAAAAACUGUGAGAUUAAGAUUAAGGACAGUAAAACCCUUCUCUUUGGUUCUAGCUCAGUCAAUGUGUAUGGUAUAAGGAACCCAGAGGAAAUUCCAUGGGGUGAAUCUGGAGCUGAUUUUAUUGUUGAGUCCACAGGAGUUUUCACUGAUAAAGACAAAGCUGCUGCCCAUCUGAAGGGAGGUGCAAAGAAGGUUAUAAUUUCUGCACCAAGCAAGGAUGCUCCUAUGUUUGUUGUUGGAGUCAAUGAAAAAGAGUACAAGUCUGAUAUCACGGUCGUUUCUAAUGCUAGUUGUACCACCAACUGUCUUGCUCCACUUGCAAAGGUUAUUCAUGACAAAUUUGGAAUUGUUGAGGGUCUCAUGAGCACUGUUCACUCCAUGACAGCCACUCAAAAGACUGUUGAUGGACCAUCAAUGAAGGAUUGGAGAGGUGGUAGAGCUGCUUCCUGCAACAUCAUUCCUAGCAGUACAGGGGCUGCUAAGGCUGUUGCUAAGGUGCUUCCAGCCCUUAACAACAAGUUGACAGGAAUGGCUUUCAGAGUUCCAACUGUAGAUGUUUCAGUGGUUGACCUCACUGUUAGGCUUGAAAAAGGAGCUAGUUAUGAUGAGAUUAAAGCUGCUGUGAAGGAAGCAUCUGAGGGAAGUAUGAAGGGAAUCCUUGGUUACACAGAGGAUGAUGUUGUGUCUACUGAUUUUAUUGGUGACAACAGGUCAAGCAUUUUUGAUGCAAAGGCUGGAAUUUCAUUGAACAACAACUUUGUGAAACUUGUCUCUUGGUAUGAUAAUGAAUGGGGCUACAGCACACGUGUUGUUGACUUGAUUCGACACAUGGCCUCAGUGUAAUGAUACAAGGAACUUGGUCCAAACCUCAACCUUUUGCGGCAUCAAAUAAAAUGAAUAAUGAUAUCAACGAGCUACGAGGAGUUUGGUACUUCAUUCGGCUGAUUUUUCUUUUAUAAGUAGUAGUGUUUGAAAUAUUAAUGUGACAAAAGUUCAAGUGAUUGUUGUCUGUCGCUUAGAACAACCUCAACUUCAGAAUAUUGAUGCCAAUGGUAGUUUU